GUAGCUGUAAUAUUGUUGGACUUUUAUUUAUUUGUGUGAUGUAUCCAGUUUUGAUGUUAAAUGAGUAUAACUAGACACUUCUGUCACGUAGGUUCUAAACGUGCCCGGACAUGCCUGGGAAAAUGUGCCUUUUAAAAGGAGCAUCAUCAAUUUCAGCAGAAUCCAUGAUUGGAUGUUUCCUGGAUGCAGAUGAUGAUGCCUGGACAUCAUGACUGUGCUUGACACUGAAACUGCUGCUGCUUUUGCUGGAAUGAGUCAAAAUCUGUGGUUGGAGAAAGCCUGCUCUAUCCUAAUUCCUGAUUUACCAUUAUGGAUCAUUGAAUAUGCAUGGACCAAACGGAUGAUGGAGGUCAUAGAAGUUCUAGGCCCUCCAUUAUGGCUAGAAGGAGACUGGCACCAUCUGAGCCUCGAGGAGCCGUGCAGAGUCCGUGUGGUGGCAGCAGAAGUUUGGAGGAUUGUGCAAACCAGAGACAUCCAGCACUUUGAGAGGGUCCUUGAGUUUUUGGAUGUUACAUACACACUCGAACCACGACUCGUGACUCCCAUUAAACACAUGAAGAUCAAGUUUGGUCUGCAGACGCUGGUUAUAAUGUGGAUGUUGUGGAAUGAUGAGAGCACUGCUAAAAUCUCUGCCAAGAUGGAAAACUUUUUCCCAAACAAACUUCCAGAUUAUCACAAAUGUAGACGCAAGCACGUGGAUCUGAUGCAGAAAAACCAGAAAGAGUUCAAGUCCUUUGCUCAUGUUCUGGCAAGAGACAGGGAUAUGCGGGAGACUUACAUUCACGAUUUAAUGGAGGAGCAAUAUGGCGAAUGCUACGCACAGAAACUGGAGGAGAGACUCUUGCACUAUUUGGGAGAGCUAGAUAAACUUCUGCCACAACCUACAUAUAUUGAUCAGGUACUAAAGCAGCCCCAUUCAUAUGAAAGGGGAGAGAAGAUCCUGAAGAAACUGCUGUCAAAGGAGGGCGCAUCUUUAGCCACAGCUCUGAAAAGACUUCUACAUUGCGCUGCAACAACAAAUCUGGAUCUUGAAGUCUGUAGCACAUCCUCAGUUCCAAACACUUCUGAAGAAAAAAGGGAUGCUGAAGUUGAGAAACCAUUCCUUGGUACUCUCCAUGUCAUUUUAAGGCCAUCACAGGACAGCACAACAAAAGAUCCUCUCUCACAACCCAGCUCAAAAGAGCUUUUUGGUGCCCAGGGCUUGUGGAAGCAUAAAAACUCAGAAAAUAUUUUACCUCAGAAGGAGAUUUGUUCUGAUAGAGUUACAUCCACGCAGUUAUCAGGUUCUGAACCCAAUGAGGAUGACUUGAGCCAAUCUUUUCCGGUGCAGAAGGAUCUGGAUGGGAAGCACAGACUUGCGAAGACUCAAGCUGAACCGGAAAUGAAGGAAGCCGAGACUGGUUUCACAGAGCAGACAUGCUCCAGACAUGGUAAGAAAAUGAAGAGCAUCCUUCAGGAAUGUUCUGAAGAGCUUGAUGGAGAUGCCAUACAGGCAGAAUGCACUCCAACAUCAACCCAAAGCACUCCACCACUUCUCCCGCAUACACCUCAAACUCAAGCAUCAACAAACCAGCACUCGUUGUCCUCGCACCCAGAUUCAUCCUCUACAAACAUUUCUAAGGUCAGUCUUUCACCAGUGUCCUCAACGACACCAGUUACCCCUUCACCUUCACUCCUACAAUCUCGCUCACCAUCUCAAUCCACUGCCUUGGAGCAACUAGGAACCUCAAGAAUCAAUGAAGGACCGGAUUUAGCUCCUAUUGUCUUCACCGAAGCAAGCAGAACCAUUGAACCCAAGCUGAAACUGUCCUUAGAGAGUCAAAGCUUCCUCAUGCAGUCCAAGUGGCUUCAACCUCAAGUGUGCCUUCACAGACUGAAUAAUGAAGAGUGUGCCAGACUUGUGGAUUCAAACAGAGCUUGUGGCAUUUUAGAAAAAGAAAGAGAGGCUGAAGAUGAUGAAUACAUGUUAUAUGAUGUAAAUGCACUGUAUUCUGAUUCAUACUCGGAUGAUUCAGACUUGACAGAUUCUGAUGACCCAGAUUACACACCUACAGGUGACUAAAACAAAGGACAUCAAAAAGAAGUGCCAGUGAACGUGUACUUUUUAGAUUUUGCACAUGCAUCGAUACUCAAACAUUGAUUUUAGCAGCUUAUAUUAUACAUAUAUUUGAAUUAGCUUCGCAUAGGAUUAAGGAACUAUGCGGUUUUUGCUUGUUUGUUACCUCUUUGUAUUACCUCAUGGAGCACCCAAGAUCACUUGUUACAUUUAAAUGUCCAAUGAUCGAGUUAUACACCGUUGUCCUUAAAGAAACAAGUUACUCCUUUACUUUUGGUACUCUCAAAGCACAGCCUCAAAGCAUCUUUGCUCGCUAAGAAUCAUCCCAAGACAGAUUUUAGCUGUCAUUGACUACGUUUACAUGGACCCCAAUAAUUCGAUUUUAAUGUGAUUAAGACAAUACUCUGAUUAAGAGUCUACCAUGUAAACAGCAAGUUUUGAUUAAUUUAAUCAGAAUAAGGUCAUAGUCGAACUAAAGAGAAAUCGUAUUAAGACAUGUGGAGUAUGCCGAGUUUAGUCUCAGUAUUAAAGUGCAUUA